AUGCCAUCUAUUGAGACCCGGCUCCAUCCUCGCAAACACCGCGCGCUCCACGCCACGCAGCCCUUUCAACCCUCGCAGACAAUCCACACGUUCCACCCGCUCAUCUUACACCCAUCGCUCUCGCAUCUCACAUCCGUGUGCACCCACUGCCUGCGUCCCGGCUCGCCGCGCGCCUGCUCCCGCUGUCGCGCCGCGUACUAUUGCAACGCCAGCUGCCAGCGAGCCGCCUGGGCCGCCGUUCACUCCUACGAAUGCGAGGCCCUCCAGCAGCACAAGCUGGGCUCGCGGAGAGGCGCCGACCUCCCCGCCCCCGUCAGAGCGCUCCUCCAAACCCUCCUCAAGAAGGAGAUUGAGGACGGGGUCACCGCGCUGGACGGCCACAGCUCAGAACGGAGGAAGGGCAAAUGCUGGUCCGACUUGGAGAUGAUGGCCCUGGCGGCGUGUGCCUUUGCCGGCAAGCAAGGCGAGAGCGAUGUGCACAAGGCAGUCGAGCUGCUCUGCAAGAUCCAGACGAAUGCCUUUCACAGAUGGGACGCGGACCUGGGACAAGUAGGCGUGUUUUUAGAACCAACGCUCGCCAUGGCCAACCACUCGUGUAUCCCCAACGCAGUGGUGCAGUUCAUAGGCCGCAAGGCAGUGUUGAUGGCCGAGAGGCCGAUCGAGGCAGGUGACGAGAUUGAAAUAUCCUACACAGACUAUACGAUGCCCCUGUCUGCGCGUAGGGAGGCCCUCAAACAGUACAGCUUCGAAUGCGCAUGCGCCCGGUGCAGAGGCGACUUGAACGUGUACCAGGUCCGCGCGGCUUACCCAAACACGUGCAGCGUAAUAGAUGUAUCUAGCAACAAGCAUGCCGCAGUCACGGACAAGCACACGCAAGACGUCGCGGCGAGAUGCACCGCGGAGCCAGCCCAACUGCCGCUCUCGCUGCCCGCCCGAUAUGCCGCUCUCAAGGCACAAUAUCAGCUUGCUCGCGCCCUCAUCGAUGCCAAUCUGUGGGCUGUGUCUCCGGUUCCGCAACUCCUCGCCGAGACGGCAAUCUACUUUGCUGAGAGGGACAACUUUCCGUACGCGCUGUUUGUGGCGGCAUUGAUUGCGACAUGGUGUGACCCGUUCCGCUACGCUGCGCCGUUUCAUCCGGUCCGUUUGAAAAACCUCUUCAUGAUGGCCAAGUUGCUAGCCAACACUGCCGAGAACACGGUGGUUGCGGCGGCGCCGGCGGCGAAAGGUGGACUGGAUCAGAAGCUCCAGCAGACGUUGUUGGACAUGGAUCAGGUCUCGCUGUGCCAGAUGCUUCUCAUCAUGGUCCUCAAGAUGUGCCCUGGGGAGCUGGCGAAUUGGGACUUGUGCGUUUCGGCCAGAGACAUGUUGGCCGAUAUCGGAAAGCUGCCCGGGCGAGACAAGGAAUUGUCGCUGAUAAAUGGGUGGGCGGCAGAAGAAGAAGCUGAGGUGUCGAGAAUGUUCUUCGAGUACGCCGUGGUCAAGCAGGUUGGUAUUUUGGCGGACCUGGGGAGGGACGUGAUGAAGUCUAUGGACCCGUCUGAGUAG